AAACCUCUGGCCCUUCAGAGCUUCCCCUUGGGCUUGAUCUUCCCUGCCAGGGUUUGAGGAGCAGCUGAGAGAGACUUGUCUUCCUCCCCUGCAGCACCCUUUAUUGCACUGAAAUGAACUGACAUUCCUCCUCGUGUGUUUUUUUGGGGAGAGCCGUGACUCCCACCACAUCCUGUCCAUCCCACUGGUGGUUAGCUGGUGCCCAGUGGCUAACUGGGAUAGCAGUGGGCUUGCUCCACCUGGCUGGCUCCUUUUUCUACUUGCUCCACCUGGCUGGCUCAUUUUUCCCCUACCUGGGAAAAUCACUUGGGAUGGAGAGAGGAGAGGCUUUCUCUGAGAGGCAGCAUGGCAGGAGGGUUUCUCUGGGAAGAGAGGACGGCGCCGUAGAUCCCGCCGAGCUGCCGCCUGCUCCGCCUGGACCGACAGGACGGGCCGUGACCAGCCGCGAUGAGAGCUCCGGCCCUCGCCUGAUCCCUUUCCUGCUGAUAAAAAUGAUCAACAAGUCUCGAGGGAAGAUACUCGGGGUGCUGGCGCUGUUUCUGGUGAUGGUUUGGUACUCGAUCUACCGGGAAGACAGCUUUUAUUUCCCUGUGCAAGAAAACAACAAGACAACGUGUCCCCUAGGGGAGGUGGAAAAGAAAGCGGCGCAGCUCAUCGGRAACUACACGAGGGACCACCCGCUCUUCUUGCAGCUGAAGGAUUAUUUCUGGGUGAAGACUCCGUCGCUCUACGAGCUGCCCUACGGCACCAAGGGAAGCGAGGACGUCCUCCUGCGCUUGCUGUCCAUCACCCACUACUCCCUGCCUGAGAGCAUCCAGAGCCUCAAGUGCCGGAGGUGUGCGGUGGUGGGCAACGGCCACCGGCUCCGCAACAGCUCCAUGGGGGACACCAUCAACACCUACGACGUGGUGAUCAGGCUCAACAACGCCCCGGUGCACGGUUACGAGCAGGACGUGGGCUCCAAGACCACCAUGCGCCUGUUCUACCCCGAGUCAGCCCACUUCGACCCGCGCACCGAGAACAACCCCGACACGCUGCUGGUGCUCGUGCCCUUCAAGCCCAUGGACUUCCAGUGGAUGGAGGCCAUUCUUAAUGACAAAAAGAGGGUUCGGAAGGGGUUUUGGAAACAGCCCCCGUUGAUCUGGGAUGCCAACCCRGAGCAAGUGCGCAUCCUCAACCCCUACUACAUGGAAGUGACUGCUGCUAAACUGCUCAACCUCCCCAUGAAGCAACCACGGAAGGUCAAACAGAAACCCACCACGGGGCUGCUGGCCAUCACCCUGGCGCUGCACUUCUGUGACCUGGUGCACAUUGCGGGCUUUGGCUACCCUGACUCGAACAACAAGAAGCAAACCAUCCACUACUACGAGCAGAUCACACUCAAGUCCAUGGCUGCGUCGGAGCACAACGUGUCACACGAGGCCGUGGCCAUCAAGAGGAUGCUGGAGCUGGGACUCGUCAAGAACCUCACCUACUUCUGAGGGUGGCCGCAGGGACACUGUCACCGGGGCGAGGGGACACCAUCCCCGCAGUGAGGGGAGACCGUCCCCGGGGCGAGAAGACAGCGUCCCUGCAGCGAGGGGACACUGUUCUCACAGCGAGGGGACACUGUUCUCACAGCGAGGGGACACCGUUCUCAGCGAGGGGACACCGUUCUCACAGCGAGGGGACACUGUUCUCACAGCGAGGGGACACCGUUCUCAGCGAGGGGACACCGUUCUCACAGCGAGGGGACACAGCACUGGCGCAGCUGGAGUGACUGAGGGCAGAGCAUCCUGGUCAUCGCUGCCACCGUGCCCUGGGACUGCUGGGGCUGGGGAUCCGUGCGGGACCGCGGGUCCCCGGGUGGGGCAGCUCCUGGGGGUGCAGGGAGCCCGGCGGGGCCGUGCCCCCGCACCUUUUCUACUGACGCACUGAAGCUACCGAGGACCUGGAGGGGAUUUGUGGGGUAGGGGGGUCCUCCCUCCCAGCGGGCCUGAGGGGGUGAGUCGGGGCAGGAGCCCUUGCCCUGGACAUUCUCCUUCCCUUAAUUCCCUCACACACUGACGAGGGCCCUGCUGAGGGGCUGAUUUUGGGGGUCCUGGCCCCCCCCAGGGAAUGGGAGCCUUUGCAGGCUAAUUUUGCCUCCUCCCUGCCCUGGACCUCCCCCCAAAUAUUUAAUUCCCACCCCCCGUUUUUUUUUAAUUUCCUUUUUACUUGGCGGCCCUGUCCUGUGCCUUAGCGCUGGCGUCGGGGCUCGUCCCCGCAGCCCCCCUGGGCGGGGGCACCUUGGGGUGCUUGGCUUYGGGGUCUGCCGGGGCCCUUUAUGGGUGCAGAUUAAUUUAAUUAAUUUAAAUGCUUAUUUAUGGUGGAGCCUUCCCCAGGGCCCGUGUGCCACUGGUGCCAGGGGCCCAGGGUGGGCUGGCACGUUCUUGGCUCCAUGGGGGUGGGCGUUUGGGAUGUCCCSCCACCACCGAGGGGUUGACUGGUGCCUUGUCCCUGCUGGUGUAGGGUCCCCUGUGCCCCCGUGGGGCUGUCAGUGUUGGGGGGACCCGUGGAUGGGGGUGUUGGGGCUGAUGCUGGCACCCAAUAAAGUCCUGGUGAGGCUGGGAUGGGCUGGGCGCUCCUGGGGUGUGAUCGGGGGAUGUGUGAGGGAGUUUUGGGGCUGUGGAUGCAGGGGGGUGGUCUGUCCCCAUGCCCGUGUGUCCCCACAUCCCCUUACCUGCUGUGAGGCCCCAUCUCCUGGCUCCCACGCUGGGCUCGCAGGAUCCCAGCUGCCCCGUGCCUCAGUUUCCCUCCACCACCGGCCAUUUCUGCCCCCGUGGGGCGUCCCCCGG